GAAAGAGGGAUCAGAAAUCCAUUUGACCUAUGUUAUCUUGCCAAGCUUGCCCACACACGUAUGAACCAAAUUUGACCCACUUGGAAUGUUGUAUGGAUUUGCCAUAUGGAAUUCUUGAUCACCACAUAAAGAGAAUCCUCAGGGCCACCACCCAACCCCACCCACGCCUCUCUGCUAGUGUAUAUACAGUGAAAAGAUGAAAAACUUGCUCUUUAUCCACUCCCAUAGACUGCAAAUUUACUGCAAUCAUGCUAGAAGGAAAAGCAGUAAUUGGUGAGACAGAUAUGCUGGAAACCAUGCAACAAGAGGCACUUCAUAUAGCAGCAAGGGCACUUGAUCUCUUUGAUGUCACUGAGGCUACAGAAAUAGCCCGUUUCAUUAAGAAGGAGUUUGACAGGCAAUAUGGAUCUGGAUGGCAAUGUGUAGUAGGAACUCAUUUCGGUUCAUUUGUGACUCACUGCUAUGGCUGCUUCAUCUAUUUCGGCAUUGGCAACCUUACAAUUUUGCUCUUUAGAGGAUCAAACGGACAAGGACUCGAGGCACGUGAAUUUCCAGCUUUGGAGACUAUAGCUUGAAGCAUUAAUUGCUACAUUUUCCAGCUUCGUACAUAAUGUAUAAUCGAAAGAAUAAUAAUUCUGAAGUUCGAGUUAUUAAUAAUUCCUAGUUUUGAUACAAUAUUCAUUGACCAUCUCCUCAAAUUUACUGUGCCCUUUGUAAGAGUUAAAUAGAAGAGAGAAUGAAGGACAUAAACUAUGAAUGAAUGGAAUGUUUUAUCCCUUGAUUUA